AUGGCCAAGAACAAAUUUAGAGGGCAGAAGUCCAGGAACGUAUUUCGCAUAGCUAGCCAAAAAAGCUUUAAGGCUAAAAACAGAGUAAAACCAAUUACCGCUAAUCUUAAGAAGAUACACAUUAUGAAUGAUGAAAAAGUCAGCAGAGUAAACAAAGCUUUUGUAAGUGUACAAGAGGAACUUCCACAUUUCUCAAAAGGCCUUUCUCUUGAUCUUCUGCAGAAAGAGCUGAUUCCUCAGCGGCGUCAUGAGAGCAAACCAGUUAAUGUUGAUGAAGCUAGAAAACUAAUGGCUCAGCUGUAA